AUGGCGAUGACGAUUUCUUAUGUUGUGGGCGCUUUGCUUUUGCUUGUUCUUGGAUCCUCAGCUUCACUUCAAGAUAAUUCGACGGUUCCACCGCAAGCCAAGAGAAAGAUCUUCGCAGAGUACCUUGGAGCCGAGGGAUACUCUGUGACAUUCGCCAAGGUUCCAAUCGAUGCGGCUAUAGAUUUCUACUUCAUCCUCAGCUUCGCCGUCGAUGCCGACGAAAAUGGCAAGCCGCGAAACGGGAUCUUCAACCAGGUGUGGUCCGAAGAUCUCACUCCAGAGUCUGUCCGGGAGAUCAAAUCCUCGCGAAGCAACGUCAAAGUUCUUAUGAGUUUGGGGGGCUGGAGUGUCUAUACCCGGGCCGGGAAAGAUAAAAUCCUCUUCUGGUAUGAUCCGAAAGAUCCGGAAGCCUGGAUCAAAAAUGCCCACAACUCCAUCGCCAAGAUCGUCCGUACUUACUCGCUUGAUGGGAUCGACAUCGAUUAUGAGAGCUUCCACAGCGAGAACACCACCUUCGCGUAUUGCAUUGGCGAGCUUAUCACCAGGCUCAAAGCUGACAAGAUCAUCACCAUCGCCACCAUCGCACCAUUCGAGAACAUCGAUCCGCAGUACAUCAAACUCUUCCAGAGCUACAACUCCACGAUCGAUUAUGUCAACUAUCAGUUCUAUACGACCAGGAAUGCGCCCUCGGUGGACAAGUUCGUGGCCAACUACAACCGGAAAGCGGAGAUCUUCGGCGUGGACAAGACGCUGGUGAGUCUCCAGGUGCGCGAUCGAGGCAUCCAGGGGGAUGAUUUCUUUGCGGGAGUUCACAGGAUCAUCAAUGAAACGAGUGGAAGAUUGCCCGGGAUCAUGAUGUGGAGCCUCGACAUGGCGGGCUUGUCUUUGAUGCUCUACCGGAGGAUCGCUUGGCGCAACCAUUGCUGUUUUCCUGGCGAUGGAGAUCGCAUCUUGCAAGAGGAGCGCAAGUGGCUCGAUCUCUUCCGGAAUCCAGGAGUGUGGCGGGACAACAGAGCUAAGAAAGAUUGGCAAAAUCUUCCAGAUUUCAAGAAUGUGGAGACUGGGGAGAGUUUGUGGAUUGGAUCGCUCUACUGCCCUCGAUGGGUUCAAUCCAGGCUCGGCGAAAACUCCCUGGCACAGCACAGUUUCGCGACCACGACGAGUUUUAGCUCUCAAGAACAGGAAGAACGUCGCAUUUCCAGGUUGCUAUCCUCGCUAAGAUCUUGUAGCGCUUCCAGGGAUGUAGUGACUGGUAAGAAGCUCCAUUUGGAGGCGAUCGAGAGUGGGCUUGCCUCCAACGCUUACGUCGCCAGCAGCUUGAUCAGUAUGUACUCCAAGUGUGGGAGUUUGGAUGACGCUCGAGAAGUGUUUGAAGGGACGGGAACGAGUUCUUCUCUUCGUAGCACAGCUUGUUGGAACGCUUUGCUACUCGGCUAUGCCACUCACGGAGAGGAAAAAAUGGUUUUGGAGCUCUUCGGCAGUAUGCUCGAUCAGCAAGGCUGCGUUUCAGAUUCUCGGACUUUUCUCGCGGUGAUCAUGGCUUUGGCUAGUUCGGCAAGCAAAGAGCAAGGCCUGGAAGUCGACGAUAAGUUUGUCAAGCUCGGUUGCCUGGAAAAAGGGAUGGAAAUACACUCAAAGUUCUUGAGAAGCAGCAACUGCGAUGAAGACGACGACGACGACAUCUUUCUCGAGAACAGCCUGGUCGACUUCUAUGCCAAGUGUGGAAGUUUACGGGACUCGAGAGCGGUGUUUGACAGGAUGAAGCAGCACUCAGUGGUCUCCUGGACGUCGCUCAUACUUGGCUGUGUGGAAAAUGGAGAGGCCGAGCUCGGGCUAGAUCUGUUUGCGAGAAUGGUAGCUCUCAGAGGCUGUGAUCCUGAUGCCAGAGCAUUUGUCGCGGCGAUCACGGCAGCUACGAGUUUAGCAGCGAGAGAAGAAUCGGAUAAAAAGCUCCAGUGGCUCGAGCGAGGAAGAUCGCUCCACAGCGAGGUAGCCAAGAACUUACACGACUCAAACAUCUACGUAGCAAACGCUAUGAUCGGUAUGUACUCCACUUGUGGAAGCUUGAUGGAUGCUAAGGCAGUGUUUGACAGCAUGAACCAGCGAGACGCCGUGUCCUGGACGAGUAUGAUCCUGGGCUACACGGAAAACGGCGAAAGCGAGCGCGCUUUGGAGCUCUACUCGCAAAUGGAGUGCUCGCGAGACGCUCGAACUUACGCCGCUGCAUCGAUGGCCUGCACAAGCUUGGCUGCCGACGAAGAUGGCGUUGGAGUUUUUGGAAAGAUCGUCAAAGCCAAGUGCCUGGAAAGAGCCGGUGCUUUGAUGGAUAUGUACGCAAAGUGUGGGAGCAUGGUUGAUGCUCGAGCGGUGUUUGACAGGAUGGUAAGGCAUAGCUUGAUCUCGUGGAACUCACUGCUACUUGGCUACGCAGGAAAUGGAGAAGCCGAGCUCGCACUGGAGCUCUUUGCAGCCCUCCAAGAGCUGCUAGAGUUAAAUCCAAUCCCCGGAAGAACACUUGGAGCUGCGCUGGUAGCUUGCGGGAAGCUAGCAUCGCUCGAGACCGGCAGAGAAAUCCACGCACGGAUUUGCAGGCAGGGCCUCGAGAGUGACAAGUUCCUCGCAAACUCGCUGGUGGAUUUCUACGCGAAGUCCGGGAACUUGGCCGCUGCUCAGGAAGUUUUCGACUCGAUCAUCACUAACAGCAGCGGCGGCAGUAGCUCUGUCAAGAUUUGGAGCGCUUUGAUCGCUGGCUAUGCGUCACAGGGAUUCACAGAUCGUGUUGUGGAGAAUUUGGAGAGGAUGCGUGAGAGUGGAGUGGAGCCAGACGGUGUUACGUUGCUCUCGGUUCUCACAGCGUGUAGCCAUGCGGGCGAGGUGGCCAGUGGAAGGAAAUAUUUCCAGGAAAUGGUGGCGAGGUAUGGGAUCAAGGCUGGGAGAGAGCACUACCAUUGUAUGGUGGAUAUGCUGGGGAGGGCGAAUGAGCUGGAUGCUGCCGUGGCAAUGGUGAAGUCUAUGCCAUUGGAGCCAACCGUGGUUACGUGGACUUCUCUUUUGGCUGCAUGUCACAAGUGGCAGAAUGUGGAAAUUGGGAGGUUUGCUUUUGAAUCUCUGCUGAGGGUAGAUGAGAAGAAAGCUACAAGCUACAUUCUCAUGGCAAAUAUAUUCACUAAAGUAGAGGGUAGUUUAGGGUUAAACAUAUUAAAUUAACCCUUUUAGAAUGGCCUUCUGCU